GCUUGCUGUGCUCUCAUCACAGCAUUAUUGCUCUGCACUCUGGUGUCCAGUUGUUGUUGGGACGCAAUGGCAGAUGAAAGCUUUCAGCGGGACUUCCUGGAGGCGCACAACGCCUACAGAGCCAAGCACGGCUCCCCACCCAUGGCCCUCAGCCAGGAGGUGAGCGCGGCGGCCCAGUUGUGGGCAGAUCGCCUGCUAGCUUCAGGCGCCAUGCGGCACAGCAACACCGCUGACGGGGAAAAUAUUUACACCAAGUGGAGCUCGGCCACCAUUGAACUGACAGGAAAAGAAGCUGUAGAUUCCUGGUACAGUGAAAUCAACAACUACAACUGGAGCAGACCAGGGUUUAGUAGCGGCACGGGUCAUUUUACUCAGGUUGUGUGGAAAGAAAGCGUCCACCUGGGAGUCGGCAUGGCAACUGAUGGCCACCAGGUCUUUGUGGUUGGCCAAUACCGACCAGCUGGCAACAUGAACAGGCAGCAACACUUCAUGGCAAAUGUCCUCCCGCCAGCUGAGGGAGGAGCGAGUGGAGAUGACACUCCCUGCAAAGUGAGUGGAGAUGACACUCCCUGCAAGGUGUGUGGAGAUGACACUCCCUGCAACGUGGCAGCAGGACAGCCAGCACAGACCUGCACACUGCAGUAGAAGACCUGGAACAACUUUGUGUACGCCUGUGACAAGUGUGUCAAAGAAAAAUAACUAUUAUUGACAUUACACUAUUUCCACAUAAGGC